AUGCACCGUCCUUCCGAUCAAGCAAAACUGCUUUUCUUUGCGCUCCUGCGAGGGACUGUGUCGGCGCUGGCAACCGAUACCAGGGCAGCAGCUGCUGGAGUGACUCUGGCAGCGGUCAAGAGUCCUGUACUGGCGCCCAACAUCCAGUUACGAUUGGCCCAACGAGCCGACGUACCCUCGCUGCAACGAUGCAACCUGGCUACCCUACCCGAAAACUACAACUCUCAAUUCUACGUCAAUCACAUGCGACAAUGGCCCGAUUUGUGUUUGGUAGCCGAAGAUAAUAGCAUGACCGACGGAGGGAUGGAACCUGAUCGCCCCUUUGGAGGUCCGUCCUUUCUUGGCAACCAUAACAACAAGCAGAAAUCCAACGUCGUGGCGUACGUCUUGGGAAAGGUGGAGGAAAGACCACCACAUCAAGUGUAUGAGUACGAUGACGCGAUUCAACCCAUGUCAUGUGAUCAGGACCGAUUCAUUGGACACGUGACAUCAUUGGCCGUAUUGCAUCCCUACCGACGCAAAGGCCUGGCCGCCGAGUUGAUGAAACAGCUGCAUUAUCAUUUGGAAGAGUGCUAUGGAGCUGGAGCGGUCGGGUUACACGUGCGCAAAUCCAAUGAAGCAGCCUGUCGAUUGUACCAGAAUUAUGGUUACCAAAUUGACUUGAUCAUUCCUGGAUAUUAUCAAGAUGGGGAAGAUGCGUACUUUAUGAAAAAGCCCUUGCUCCUGUCGGGGCCAUCGUCGGUAACUGCCAGAGCCUCGGAGGUACCCAAGUUUCCCUUUUUGGGACGUCGACCCCAAAGACCGUGGGAAACUGGUCCUGUGGGUUUGCGUCUUCCACGAGGGUUGCGAGAGGAAGAGCGACCGUCUUAUGCGCCCCAGGAUCCAGCAGAUGCAGAAGAGACCCCCGAGCUAUUGACUGGAAGCAUGUAG